GUUAGUGGGCAGAGAAGAAGAGACAGGCAGGCCUAGCCGCCGCAGAGAGGCAGCAGGCUGCGUGUUCCGACGGCGGGGCAUCGUCGCGUUUUGCGCCGUUCCCUUCCCGGCGCUUCAGGGGGUGGCAGAAAGAGGAGCCCCGAGGCUGGCAGAAAGAGGCGGUGGGGCUCCAGCUAGCCCCUCGCGGCUCUGAGAAAAGCGGCUCCUCCUGGCGUCGGUCUCUAGGAGACGCGGAGGACCCUUCUUGGGCCAGGCGUCGGCGACACCAUGAAGGUGGCGGUGCUGGACUUGGGCACUGUUUUCGCCCAACUCUUCAAGCCUUUCUCCUCCGCCGCCGCCUCUUCUCCCCCUUAUUCUCCUGCUGCCACCAGCGCCCCUCCGCCGAAGUCGCUGCUGCCGCUGCCGGCAUCUCCGUGCCCGCUGGGCACCGCGUCGUCUCUACCUGCCCGCAGCAGCGCUGCCUUGGCGCCUUCGGGCAGCUCAGCUCUCCUAGGGACAAGCCGGGGGGUGGCUCCCGGCGGGAGCGGGGCAGGGACGGCGGCGAAGCUUCCCGGCGGUGGCGGUGCCAACCCCAGUGGGAACAGCUCCCCGCGCUUCGCAGCGCCUUCCUUGCCGAGAGAGCCCGCGGCUUGGGCGGCGCCAGCGGGUAAACAGCUGCUCUUCUUCACCCUGCCCGACAUCGGCGAGGAGGGCACGCCGGACACCGACCCCCAGGAAGAAGAAGCCUCUGCGCCCAGAAAAGGACUCUCUAAAGGAUCUGCAGACCGUUGCUUUCAAGGAAAGAGUGAAAAUUCCCUUCCAGCACCAUUUACAAGAAGUGUACAAGAAGCAAUUGACAACUAUACUUUUGUUUCCGUUUCAUCGCUCUCAUCUAGUGGACAAACAACACCCACGGACUUGAAUCAUUCCUGGUCAGGGAUACAGAGCUGUACUACUGGCCCAUCUACUGAAAGAAGCUCCGUUUACUCCUGGAGGGAUGAUGAAUUUGAUAAAGCUAACACGCAGAGAGUGCAUCAGUUGUUCUGGGAUGUGGAUGAAAUGCUGUUUGAAGGAAAAGUGGGUUCCCAAACUGAGAAUCUGAAAGCAGAAUGCAAAGACUGGACGAACAGAUCUCUUCACUUAAGGAUCUUGGGAAAACAGCUCCUUUUUCCUAAAGAUGAGGGCUUUCAGCAUUAUCAGAGCAGAAAUGUCAACUCUGUAUACUCUCGAUCCUUACCUAGUCUGAGUCAAAUUACUGGCAAUAUGAAAGAGUAUGUUGGUGCUUUAAUGUUAUGUGUCUCGGGCUCUAGACUUAUUCCAGAAGCUUCACCAGUGCACAAGUCCUUCAGCUCUAACUUACCAGGGAUGCCUUUAGCUGAGUCAUCUGUAUAUUCAUUUUUGGAAGAAGAAAUCUAUGAUGUAGAAGGGAAAAUUGAAGAGUAUCUUGCCUUUGAUAAUAAGGAUCUUGAUGAUGAGAGUUUGGAACAAAAGAAAUCUCCGUUUGCCCAAAAGAGGACCAAAUAUGGCAUUCCUCCUGUUUCCCCCAAUGCCUGUAUCAAAGACACCGUGGCUGCUGAAGUGUUUGAUCAUGUCUGGAAGAAUGUAAUUGGAGUUCUGGAAGAACUAAUAAGAAAAUACUGGGAAUCCUCUAUUGCAGAGAAUGACAAGCGAAUGGAGAAAAUGAAAACUAUUGGAAAUAAAUUACAUCAUCUAUCAGUUUCCCGAGUUAUAAUGGAUACAUCAAGUGUGCCCCCAUCAAGAGGGUCAGAGGCUCGAGGGACAUCUUUUGGCUUGCAUUUGGUCCCAUCACAGAUUCACCGGUUCCCUAGCAAUUUGUACAGUGAUUUAAAUGGUGUCAUGACAAUUCAAGCUAAGCCGUUGCAGCAGAGGCACUCGGGCUUGGCAGAGAAGACACAAAAUGAACAGGAAGACAAGCCACAAGGUGUAGCUUCCAGUGUUAACUCAGUACGCAAUCGGCUGGGCCGAAUAACUGACAGCAGUGUUCUCUCAUCAUCUCGAGUAUUGCAGGGGUCCUCUAGGAAAAUGCCAGGCCAUCGUAGGCUACCAUCAAUUGCAGCAGAUCCCCAGCGCUCAAAGACCCCCAAUGUUUACAGUGAUGAAGUCCUUAGGGGGACAAAACUGUGCACUGCCUUAGAUAGCUUAUCCUCUCCACUACCACCGACAAGCCGAAACAAAUUGCCUCCAAUAAGUUCAGAAGCCGUUGAUCAAUAUCUUUCAGUUCCUGCAUCCCGACCAGGCUUGCAUAGAGGAAGAUAUCCUCACAAUCGAAUAUCCAGUGCAGUACCUGGUGGUACAGAAAGGCGGCCACUUAAGGAGCGAACUGUCUUAAUAGAUCAGUUUUCAAGACCCAGUACUACUCAUACAUUCCGGUCAGAUACGCCUCAUAAAAGGUCACUGACUUCUAUGGAUUUUGCUAAUCAUAUGUGGACAGGUCAAGGAGUAUUGACAGGUUCACAAUUCCAUGCCAAAUCGUUUCAGAGAAAUCCACCUGUGUCUAGGAGGAGAUUUCAAGUUGCUUUAUAACGUUUAGCAGAAGGCAACAAACUGCUCCAUGCCUGAGCAAACCUAUAAUACUCAAUCUACCAUCAGGAGUGAUGAAGAACCAGUAUUGCAGUUUUGUGGCUUAAUGUUCUCUGUCUCUGCAUAUGGCCGUGCUUGAAAGUUGCUUCACCAAAGACUAGCUGGAAAGAAUAAUCAACAAGAAAAUAAUGUCUGAGACCAAUUUUUGGAGUGCAGAGUAAAAGCUGGUGCCAUUCAUUUUCUAAGAUAUACAUUAACUUUCAUAGGAAAAUGUCCUCUUGUUUCUGCAUUCUUUUUAAUCUGAGUGCAAGUAACAAGCAGAGCCGAGCCUAAUUUUCAUGAGCUUUGAGCUUUGUGACAAAAUUUGCAUGUUCUAGGAGGGGGAACCUUUUGUUGAACAGCUAAGCAAAUUGCACGAAAACUGGAAAUAAAAAACAGCAUUCAGAUGAAAAACAGAAGCGUAGCUGAGACAGAAAUGUGAAAGAGCCCAAAAUACUUAUUUUUUAAAAAACUCCAAGGGACUGUGUAGUCCAGUGGUCCAUCUAAUCUUUUUCGUCUCUGUGCAGAAUGAGUUUUGUGCUGGGCAGCAGUAUCAAGGCACUGUGUGCACGCGUGCAUUCAGAGUAGAGCCUUCCUUCCCAACCUGAGUGGGAUCUCAAAUUAACUGAGCAGACAUCAAAAAACUUGUGAGCAUGUGCACGCUUUAGAGAGAACACUGGUGCAGUUCCUGAAAUAGCCCAUAAGGAAUAUCUCAAGAAAACGUCCAGCUUCUGAAAAGAAGGGAGUUUUGGGAAUUCUCUCUGGUAAGAGAUACCCUUCUAUUACAGCAGAGUGCACAGAGGCAAAACACAGCGGAGUCUGCCUAGGCAUGCAUGUAUGCUGAGAGUAAAAGAAGCUUGGAGCCAGUUCAUAGUUUCAAAUCAAUAUAAGGAGUCUUUAUUGGUGAACUCCAUUCUAGAUAGGAAAGUGGAGAGAUGGGAUCUCUAGCUAGCUAGCUGGAUACAGAGGGAUGGUUUCUGCAUCUCUGCACCCAUGGUGCAGGGAGAGAGAAGCAUGUGUGUUGCAAGGGAGAAGAAAGGGAAGAGGAAGAGGCAAGGCGCAGGAAGUCCCUGAGAGUAGCAAUCUACAUAUCAAAGGGAUAGUGUCAGAGCAGUAGAGAGAAGGGAUGACCAAUGUCUUGACCCCUCUAGCCCUCUGACUCACUAAUCUGUCCCCUCACUGAGGCAUAAGCCAGCGCAGAGUCCUUCAGUUCCAACAGGGAGAAUGUAUGUAAAGGGACUGUGGCUGAGUUUUAGCCCAGUCAGGUACAGGAGCUUUCCUGAUUUCAGUCAAGCAGACUCCAGGAUGGCACAGCUCCUUUGCCCCCAUGGCUGGGAGCCUCCCUGAGCUGUGCCCUAUGCCUAGGGACUAGCUCAGGGACUGUAUAGUGUUGGAGUUACUGCAGUUACUGGCUCUGGGCCAUAGUAAUCUGCUUCUUCCCAAGAUAUGCCGGGAAGCUGAAGAUCCCUCCUGCAAAUACUAACUCUGAGUGCAUGUUAUUUACCACACACCAUCCCCUUGUACCUUAGAAGUUGGCCUUUGGGGGCCUUUUGCAAACUUUCAUUUACUAUCCAAAAUUUGGAUGAAAAAUAAACUAAAUUUUGUGCGAGUGUGGUAAACUAGUAAUAACUGUGUAUGUCCUCUGAGGUUAUCCUAGAUAUGAAUGGAUGUUCCCCCUUAUUUUGUUGUGAUUCUGUGCCUUCUGGUUUAACCUGGAGAAUUUGUAGAUUUAAUUUUGGAACUGGGAUAUGCAUAAUUUGCUGCAACUUUUAGUUCAUUCUUUUUUACAUGUUUUCUAUGUGAACAAUCAGCCCAUAGAUUGAAACCAUGCAAAAAGGAAUCAUAAUGUAGUUGCAUGAUCACAUCAGGUUUCCUUUUAGCCCAGUGAUUUAAUCUAGACUUAUAUGUUUAUGAAUUAAAUUGCACUACAAAGAAGAAUCAAGAUUCCUUUUUGCAGAGCAUUUUGAUCAGGGAACAUAUGCACUAGUGCAAACAAGUAAUCUGUAAUGGAAUAGGGGGAAACAUACAUUGAAAAGAUUUAUAUUAUUGCCAUGUGCUUGCACAUUGGUCUGAAAUUGAACUGGAAGUCAAAAAGGCAGAUCUCUAAUGUGUUGAUGCUGCCAAGGUCACCUAUUUUGAAGCCCAAUGUGUGCAGAGAAAUAUGGAUGAAGAACAAAAUUUAAGCAUCCCUGCUUAAAGGCUCCCUAGUGGAGUUCAUAUGUUACAAACAUUUUGGCCAGUCUGCAACUGAUUAUGUCAAAUGUACUUAAGUAUUCACUUUAACAUCUCUUUCUAAUUAUGUCAUUUCCUUUUGCCUAUUGUUAUGCUUUAAAAUUGUUCUUCCUAGCUUCUUGCCCUUAUUUUGGCAUCAGUUGAACUUCACUCCUUGCCAGUAAUUAAUACAUCAAGUGCCGUACAACAGCUCAAAUGGAUUUGUUCUCAGAAAGAGAAAAUUGCUCUGUGCAGCAGAAUUAUAUCAUAGACUCUCAAGAACUGAGCCUGCUUGCUGGACUAUGAAUAAUACUUUGCUUACCAGGAUAUUCCUUCCUGAACUUUUUUGAUGUCACAUGCUAAUGUGGAAGAAUUGGUUUUAUCUAACACUUCAGCAAACUUAAUUAAAAUAUUUGCUUAAUAA